AUGUCGGACCCAGCUGAUCAUUCUCCAAUCCCCGAACUUUUCAAGGGGUGGACGGUGUCGGCUGUAAAGGGUUUCCGCGACGACUUCAAGGACCUGCUUAAGGCGAAAAGCAAACUCAAGAAGAUGAAGGAGCUCGAUCGUCAAGGCGUGAUACUUCACAGCAUCCGUACGAAAGCGGUUGAGUUCCAGACGAAGUUUGCCUCUGUCAAGGAGAAAUCAGCAGCAUCCGUCUCAGAGAUUCAUCUGAAGAAUCAAAAGCGGCUGCAAGCAGAUUUUAUCGCCUCGAAAGCACUGGAGAUCAAGGAAAUUCAGAAGACGGUGGACUCGCAUGUCGUCACUCUAGCCUCGAAGAUGGAAGAAUUCAUCAAGAGCCUUAGUGCUGACCCCGACUUGGUGGUGACCGACGCUGCUAAGGAGAAAUACCGUGUGUUCAAGGGGCGCUGCAUCGAAAAGGCCAAUUCAGACAUCCAGGCUGCUAGGGAUGAGAUCAUCAUCCGUGAGAUUGAUCGACAGAACAAGGCUGCCGCUGAAGAGUUGAAGAAAGCAGCUGCGUCCGAGGAGGUGCAGGAAAUGGAGGUGGAAGCUGGGGUUGGAGAGAUCAUGAACCAGCAUGCGAAGCGGAUUGAAGACAGGAUUCGGAGGGAGAUGGUUCCGAAGAUUGAGGCCAAUCUGAUGAAGAAGCUGCUGAAAAAUCUCUCGUUGGGAAAACAGGAUCCCCCCAGGCCCCUGCUGCUGACACGAAGCCGAAGAAUGCCCCAGCCGGAAAGCCGAUGCACACUACUCCGAUGA